GAAGCUCACACUAGCACACACCUUCACGCUGUAGUUCAGCUAUCUCCACCGGCAACCAUAGCGGACGUCGACCCCGAGGUAGCGGCUGGGCAGCCGAAGAAGAGAACAUUCAAGAAGUUCAGCUUCCAUGGCCUUGAUCAAGAAGUUGCACAAGGCUAAGUGUGAAGCCCCAGCAAGUGAGAAGCCCGCCCUAGUUCGAACCCACUUGAGGAACAUGAUCAUUGUCCCUGAGAUGAUAAGAAGUGUUCUCGGUGUGUAUAGCGGGAAGACCUUCAACCUUGUUGAAAUUAAGCCCGAGAUGAUUGGGCAUUACCUUGCUGAGUUCUCUAUCUCAUGCAAACUAAUCGAGCACGGUAGGCCUGUUAUCGGUGCCACCCACUCCUCCCGGUUUAUUCCUCUGAAGUAA